AGUACUUUUUCUAAAAAGGCCAAAAGGUUGAACAACUAAAGGCGGGCUAGGGUUGAAUCGAGGAUUCCGAACGGAACCAUCGAGAGUCCAAAAGACCUCUCUACCAAACUCAACAAUCUUGUCGUGAACUCUAUAAUCCACCUAUAUUUUUCAAAAAUCUCCCACACGUUUUCCCGCCACCCAACUGAUUAUUAAGCUUCUUCAACAAUCAACUCUCUUUUCGGUUAACAACAGAAUAAAAUUGACGAAAUGAGAAGUUGAAAUAUGGGAAUCCAUGGCUACUCAAAGAAAUAGCAGCUCUAAAUCUAUGAACAACAAGAAGAGGCAACCAUUAUCCGACAUCUCCAAUUUCAAUCUCAUACCCACUUCCACUCUCCGCAAGCUUGUCUCCUCCUCCUCCGCCGCUUCUUCUUCGAAACCUCAAAAUGUUUUCCGAAAACCUCCAAUUUCUGUUUCCAAAUCUGAUUCCAAUACCUCAAAACCCAACAACAACUCGCCUAGUAACAAUUCCGCGGAGGUUAACUCUGUAACCAGCGUCGCAUCUUCCAAUUUCAACUCUGCUCAAAACCCUAACCCCGUCGAUAUUUCUACUGUUCGUCGUGUUGCUCGUGUGCCUGACUAUUUAUUAACCACUCCUGGCAGGGAUAAUGAAGCUGUAGUUUAUAAUCGAAGGCAGACUACGGAGAAGUCUAAUUUGGAAGCUGCUGCUCCGAACUUCACUUCCAGUCUUCAUGAAAACAAAAAAGACAAAAGGAAAGAGAUUGAUGAGCCUUUCCUUUCCCUGCCUCCUACAAUCACAAAGGAUAAAGGGAAGGCAAUUGCUGAGCCUUUCAGUAGCUUGUCUCCUGAGACCAAGAAAGAUAAGGGGAAAGGAAUUGCUGUUCUAUCUACUCCAGUUUCAGAAAAUAAGAAAAAGAAGGGAAUGGUUAUUCAUGAGCCUUUUGUGUCUUCAUCUCCUCAGAGGGUAAAGGCCAAAGCUAAGGCAAUUUCUCAUCAGCACUUUCCUACAGAUGAAAAAGCAGCAGAAGAAAAAGUUGGUGUUUUGACUCGGAGUUUCACAUCUUUAAAGAAAACAAGGGGAAAAGGGAUGGAAGACACAUCAGUUUUUAGUUGCCCUACUUUUCCAAAGACAAGAACCAAUAGGACUGAAUUCAAUGGAGCUGGUAAUAUUAAACCCUCAGGUUCAUGGACGGAUCCUAGUGGAAAGCGUAAGAAGAGGAGGUGCACAGAGCAGAAACCUGUCCUUGAAGAUUCCUUGCCAGAAGAUUUUGUUAACUACUGGCGAAAGCAUUUUCAAGAGGUUGAUGAGUUUGAAUUGCCAGAAGAGGAAGCAUCGUACAGUGAUUUGGAGUAGAAAGGAAAGGAAUAGUGUUUGACAAGAAGCAGAUCUAGUCUGACCAAUUGACCCUCCCUGUAUAGUAAUGCCCAUAUGCUUCAUAAACGUGUUGAUGUACUAGACUUACAUAGUUAUCAAUGGUAACUCUUCAUAGUUCUUGUUACUGUUA